CCGCCCCCGAUGCCGACCUCCUCCACCAACCCCAGCACCGAGUUCCUCUACCUCGGCACGCUCGCCUCCUCCGCCACGCCACCGCCCGCAUCCACCCACCCCCGCCCGGGCUCCCCCGAGCUCCGCCCGCUCCCGCCGCUGCCCCGCACCGGCCCGCCAUCCGGCGAGUUCUUCGCCCCCCGCGCCGCCGCCAACCCGUCCUCCUCCUCCUCCUCCUCAUGGCUCUCCCCCUCCUCACCCUCGGCCUCCUCCCCGACGCUCGGCUCCAGCCCCGCCCACGCCCGCCCGCCAUCCAUCCCGCAGCCCCGUGGCCGGGCCCCAAACCCCUCGCCCCCCAAGCGACGCCCCUCCCCGCCGCCCUCACCGCCGCACCACUCCUGGAACCCCUUCGCGCCCGCUCCGCCGCGGGCUGCUCCCUCCUCCUCCUCCGACGGCGGCGACUCCUACACCACGGAAAUGCGCAAGUCCCGCCCGCUCCACUCCGACAAGCUCAGGCCCGGGUCUAUGCACAUGAAGGACGAGAUGAUCCAGCUCUACCUCAACAACUCGGCCGCGGCGGCGGCCAGGGAGGUGUGCUUGCUCGGCGCCCCGAGGUGUCGCGGCAUCGGGAUGGUGCUCGCCGCGUUGGGUGUCUCUCAGGAGCAAGUGCGUGAUGCCCUCUUGGAAGGCAAUGCACAUGGUUUGGGAGUAGAAGCGCUGCGGAUGCUUACUCAGUUGGUUCCCACCAACGAGGAAGUGCUUAAGCUGAGAUAUUUCAAGGAUGAUCCACCUGCCAAGCUUUGCAAAGUUGAUGCAUUUCUUAAGACAAUCCUGGACGUAUCGUUUGUGUUCAAGAGGGUGGAUGCUAUGCUCUACAUCUCUAAUUUUUAUCUGGAGGUCAAUCAGCUGAGGAUGUCCUAUGCUACACUCGAGGCAGCCUGCCAGGAGCUGAGGAGCAGCAGGCUAUUCCAGAGAGUUCUCGGGGCUGUUCUGAACUUUGGCAACCUGAUGAGCAUCAACACAGGCUCGCCAAACUCACAUGGCUUGGAGCCCAACACGCUUCUGAAGAUCGUCGACGUCAAAGGAGCCGACGGGAAGGCCGCGCUGCUACGUUUCGUUGUCCAGGAAAUCGUGAAGCCUGAAGGACACAGCAGUCAGAACACGAUGCACUCAGCAGGGUCAGCGGCAUGCAAAACGAACGCCAGCACUCUGCCGUACGACGUGGAUUGCAGGAAGCAUUGUCUUCAGGUCGUCGCCACACUCGCCGCGGAGCUGACCAGCACCAAGAAGGCGGCGUCCAUCGACGUAACGAGCCUCAGCAGGACCGUGUCGGAGCUAGGGGCUGGCCUCGGGAAGAUCCACGACGUGCUGCGGCUGAACAGCAUGGCCGCUUCAGCCGAGAGCGCCCAGCGGUUCCACGGCGCGAUGGGCACGUUCCUGCGGCAGGCGGAGGAGGAGAUCCUGGAGCUGCAGGCCCAGGAGAGUGUCUGCCUGUCGUCGGUGAAGGAGAUGUCCGAGUACUUCCACGGCGAUGGUUCAGCCAGCGGUGACGAGGCUCGCAUGUUCAGGAUCUUUGCCGGCGUCAGGGAGUUUGUCGCCAUGCUCGACAGGAUCUGUAGAGAGGCUGGUGAGAUCAACGGAGAUCGUGUGGGUUCGACACAGACAGCGAGCUGGAUGGCUGCUGCGCCCAUGGGGAUGACUAUGGCGACGCCUUGAGCGACUGAUGGCUGUCUAUCUGGGAAAUGCCGAAAUGGUCUCAUCUUUCCCUGG